CUAUAUAACCAACACUCCCCGACAAUGCUAUUCUCCUCCUCCUCCAUCAUUUAUUUAUCGCUCUCUUGAUCUAAUCAAUCCCCGUAACCGAUAUAUUCCCGCUGCCUUCUCAUUUUUUUUCUGCAAUCUCUCCCCUUCACGCACCCGGGUUUCUUCAGGUCUUUGCUGAUAAAAUAUAAAUCUGCUAAAUAUCUAAUGGAGUCAUCCUCUGAGGUUCAUUUUUCUGGAUUUCACAUGAAUGGUUCAGCGCAGAGGAAUGCUGGCACGGAGCAACCUACAACUUCAGCCACUGACAUGUAUAAACAACCUUUUGUCAUAGGUGUUGCUGGGGGAGCUGCAUCUGGGAAGACCACAGUUUGUGAUAUGAUUAUUCAGCAGCUUCAUGACCAACGAGUUGUGCUUGUUACUCAGGAUUCUUUUUAUCAUAAUUUGACUGAAGAGGAACUUAUGAGAGUCCAAGAUUACAACUUUGACCAUCCUGAUGCUUUUGAUACCGAGCAAUUAUUAUGGGUUAUGGACAAGUUAAAGCACGGACAAGCUGUAGAUAUUCCAAACUAUGACUCGAAGAGUUACAAGAGUGAUGUGUUUAGAACAAGAAGGGUGAAUCCUUCAGAUGUUAUAAUUUUGGAAGGAAUUCUUAUUUUCCAUGAUCCACGUGUCCGGGAGCUGAUGAAUAUGAAGAUAUUUGUUGACACAGAUGCUGAUGUUCGUUUGGCUAGGAGAAUUAGGCGUGAUACUCGUGAGAAGGCUCGGGAUAUUGGCUUGGUGCUUGAUCAGUAUUCUAAAUUUGUAAAGCCGGCUUUUGAUGACUUUAUUCUUCCAACAAAGAAAUAUGCUGAUAUCAUUAUACCCCGUGGAGGAGAUAAUCAUGUGGCCAUUGAUUUGAUCGUACAGCAUAUCCGAACAAAGCUUGGUCAGCAUGAUCUGUGUAAAAUAUAUCCUAAUUUAUAUGUCAUUCAAUCAACUUUCCAGAUAAGGGGUAUGCAUACCCUGAUACGUGAUUCUCAGACAACGAAGCAUGAUUUUGUAUUUUAUUCUGACCGUUUGAUUCGUUUGGUUGUUGAACAUGGCCUGGGGCACCUUCCAUUUACAGAAAAGCAAGUAAUAACUCCAACUGAGUCUGUAUAUACUGGUGUGGAUUUUUGCAAGAGGUUAUGUGGUGUCUCCGUUAUCAGGAGUGGAGAGAGUAUGGAGAAUGCUUUACGUGCAUGCUGUAAGGGUAUCAAGAUUGGCAAAAUUCUUAUUCAUAGAGAAGGUGACAAUGGUCAGCAGCUCAUAUAUGAGAAGUUGCCUAACGAUAUCUCAGAUAGACACGUGUUGCUAUUGGAUCCUAUCCUAGGAACAGGUAAUUCUGCUGUUCAAGCAAUUUCUUUGCUUAUCAGAAAGGGUGUACCAGAGUCCAACAUAAUAUUUCUCAAUCUCAUAUCAGCACCUCAAGGUGUGCAUGUGGUCUGCAAAAGAUUUCCAAGAAUAAAAAUCGUGACAUCCGAGAUUGAUUUUGGUUUGAAUGAAGAUUUCCGCGUUGUGCCUGGAAUGGGUGAGUUUGGGGACCGUUAUUUUGGAACUGACGACGACGACGACGACCAACGGAUGGUGGCCCCUCAAGAAAAGUGACUCUCAGUGCCAGAUCCACAGUAAUUUUUGGAUGAUUGAUGCUCUCAAUUUUAAUUUUUGAAUUAGUUUUGAUAUUUCUAAUAUUAUUGAGGUUUCUUUUUAUAAUUGCUUCCCAGCAAGGACUUAUGUGGUUCCGGACCUAAUAUAUAGAAAUGAAUAUAUAUAUAUAUAUAUAUACA